GUUGCAGCUAUCUUCAGAUCGAAACGACGUCGAUGUCACUCGAAAAUAUCAAACGAAAGAGGAUUUGUGUUAGUAUACAUGGCGUCACUUUUUUCUUGUGUUUGAAAUUGACUUGAAAUCCUCAUAAAAAGUUCGCAGUCUUUUGGGAAUUGUUUGAAUUGUUGACAAUUUUUCAUAGCAUAGAUUGAUUUGUGCACGACGAAAUUAGUUUUGAAAACACCGUGAAGAAAGUAGAAGCGGCGAUGUCACAGAGAUUUCAGCAGACAGGCGGUGUAACUGGUCCGCCACAGAGUCCACAACAGGCGAGAUAUCAGCAACCAAUGCCACAGCCACCGCCUGGAACUCCGAUGCGUCCAUAUUCUGGGCCAGCACAAAACUUUCCCGCACAACGUGGAUUUACGCCGCCACCACCACAAAUGAAUGCCGGUCCACCGGGAAUGCAUCCGCAACAGAGACAGCCAGGUCAACCGGGUAGCGGAUUCCAAAAUAUGUCAAGCGCUCGUGGAGGUAAUCCAAAUACACCGAGCAGCAAAAGACCGCAAGAUGCACGGAACCAAAUGCCUGGACAACCGAAAAAUGCCGAGUAUCCAGCAAAGAAAAAGAAGAAGUUGGCCGACAAGAUUUUACCGCAAAAAGUUCGUGAUUUGGUGCCCGAAUCGCAAGCCUACAUGGAUUUGUUGGCAUUCGAGCGCAAAUUGGAUGCAACAAUAAUGCGCAAACGGCUCGAUAUUCAAGAAGCUUUGAAACGUCCGAUGAAACAAAAGCGAAAAUUGCGUAUUUUCAUUUCGAAUACAUUCUAUCCGAGCAAAGAGCCGGGCGAUGGGCCCGAUGCAACCGAAGGUACGGUUGCAUCGUGGGAAUUACGUGUUGAAGGCCGUUUAUUGGAGGAUACCAAAAGCGAUCCGAAUAAAAUCAAGCGGAAAUUCUCAAGUUUCUUCAAAUCGUUGGUCAUCGAACUGGACAAAGAUCUGUACGGACCGGAUAAUCAUUUGGUCGAGUGGCAUCGUACACAUUCGACCCAAGAGACCGAUGGUUUUCAAGUGAAACGACCAGGCGAUCGAAAUGUACGUUGCACCAUUUUACUAUUGCUCGACUAUCAGCCGUUGCAAUUCAAGUUGGAUUCACGAUUGGCACGAUUGCUUGGUGUGCAUACACAAACUCGGCCGGUGAUCAUAUCGGCUUUGUGGCAGUACAUCAAAACACACAAGCUGCAAGAUGCUCACGAACGUGAAUUUAUCAAUUGCGAUAAAUAUUUGGAGCAGAUAUUCGGUUGUCCACGAAUGAAAUUUGCCGAAAUUCCACAACGAUUGAACCCAUUGUUGCAUCCACCCGAUCCAAUUGUCAUCAAUCAUAUAAUUACCGUUGAAGGUAGCACCGAACACAAACAAACCGCUUGCUAUGAUAUCGAUGUUGAAGUUGACGAUACACUGAAGAACCAAAUGAAUAACUUCCUAAUGAGUACGGCCAGCCAGCAAGAGAUUCAAGUGCUCGAUCAAAAGAUACAUGAGACUGUCGAUACAAUCAAUCAAUUGAAAACAAAUCGUGAAUUUUUCUUGAGUUUUGCAAAAGAUCCGCAAACAUUUAUUCAUCGUUGGAUUGUCAGCCAAACUCGUGACCUAAAAACAAUGACCGAUGUAGUCGGCAAUCCGGAAGAAGAACGCCGUGCCGAAUUCUAUUAUCAGCCAUGGACAAACGAAGCCGUUUCACGAUAUUUCUUCACCAAAGUCAAUCAGAAACGUGCCGAAUUGGAACAGGCGUUGGGCAUACGGAACGCAUAAAUCUUCGUCACAUAUAAUUUCAUUAGGGAAACACACCAUUACUUUUUGUUUUAAGUUCCAUUUUUAUCCAUUUUUAACGAAUGACAACAAUGUUGGAAUUGAAUUUUUGCUCUACACCACAUUCGAUUGUAUUUUAAUUUGACAAGAAGAGAUUUGUGCUGAAUGAAAUAAAUAAAUUGCAAAAUAAAGGACAUGCGAUGCGGUUCAGAAUAA